UGCAUGGUCAUUGCACCCUUCUUACUUUGCCGCCUUCUCCAAAUUCUUCAGAUCAUCAGCGGCCACCACCAUGUCAGACCGGUCCUCCUCCUCUGCCGGUAAGACGAAACAAGCCCUUCCUGAAACGCUCCAAUCUACGGAAGGCAUUCCACAAUUGAGCGAGAAGGUUGAUCCCACACCAACCCCUGCCCCAGCCAAAGCCCCAGGCCCAUCGGACAUUCCCAAUGGAGGUUUCCUGGCCUGGUACCAGGUCAUGGGAUCGUUUUUCCUCUUCUUCAACUGCUGGGGUAUCGUCAAUACCUUUGGCGUGUAUCAGACGUAUUAUGAGCAGAACCUGUUGAAGACUCGAUCUGCAAUGGACAUUUCCUGGGUGGGUUCGAUCCAGGCCUUUCUCCUCGUAUUCAUUGGAGUCGUCACCGGUCCGUUGUAUGAUUAUGGCUACUUCCGGGUGUUGAUCGGCGUUGGGUCCAUUCUGGUUGUCUUUGGUAUGAUGAUGACUUCCAUCUGCCAUGAGUACUGGGAGGUCAUGCUCGCCCAAGGCAUCGUGGUUGGCCUCGGUUCGGGCUGCUUGUUCGUCCCGAGCGUGGCCAUCUUGCCCACUUACUUUUCAACCAAGAAGGCAUUGGCCCAGGGCAUUGCCGCCAGUGGCAGCAGUUUAGGCGGAGUCAUCUACCCCAUCGUGUUCCGUAAAUUGCAGCCUAGUAUUGGCUUUGGCUGGGCCACUCGCGUCAUUGCUUUUAUCAUGCUGGCCACGCUCAUUAUUCCCAACGCCGGGAUGCGUAUGCGGGUCAAGCCGUCCAGCCGGCGCAGGAUGUUUGAAGCCGAAGCCUGGCGCGAACCACCUUUUGUUUUGUUCUCACUUGCUACCUUCUUCGGUUUCAUGGGAAUGUAUCUCCCCUUCUUCUAUGUACAGUCGUACGCGAUGGACACCAAGAUCAUGGGCGAAAACCUCGCCUUCUAUCUUCUAUCCAUCACCAACGCGGCCAGUGUGUUUGGACGGAUUGUGCCCAACUUCUUUGCGGACAAAACGGGCCCUCUGAACAUGCUACUCCCCACGUCGACGAUUGCGGGUGUUUUGGCCUUUGUCUGGAUUGGCAUUCAUAAUACCGGGGGCAUGAUUGUGUUCUGUAUUCUGUACGGAUUCUUCUCCGGGACCUUUGUGUCUCUCCCUCCCACGACGAUUGUGACGUUGUCUCCCAGUCUGGGGGUAGUGGGGGUCCGAAUGGGGAUGAGCUUUGUGCUCGCAGCGAUUGGACUGCUGAUUGGGACCCCGAUUGGGGGCGCUCUGCUGGACCACGGGUGGGUGGCAUUGCAGGCAUGGUGUGGUGCCUGCGUCAUCAUCGCGGCCAUUCUGGUGUUAUUGGCCCGACUGACCAAGGUGGGAACCAAGGUGAUGGUCAAGGCCUAGCCAGGUGUAUGAGACCCUCGGGGUCCGAUGUAGCUAGAACCUAGCCUAUGAUUACACUAGGAUUGGCUACAGGGCACCAUAAGCAUAGUUGUCAUGUUCAACCACUGCCAAGCUAGAAUAUUUAAACCCUAAAAGCAACCGAG